UUUGCUGGAAUUUCUGUUGUUAGGAAAAUUUGCCUGGAGUCAGAAUAAGUGGAGGCCUUUCCAAUUUGUCUUUCUCCUUCCGAGGAAUGGAAGCUAUUCGAGAAGCAAUGCAUGGGGUUUUUCUUUUCCAUGCAAUUAAGCAUGGAAUGGACAUGGGGAUUGUGAAUGCAGGAAAUCUGCCAGUAUAUGAUGACAUCCAAAAGGAACUUUUACAGUUGUGUGAAGAUUUGAUAUGGAAUAAAGAUCCAGAUGCAACGGAAAAACUUUUGCAUUAUGCUCAGACCCAUGCUCAAGGAGGGAAAAAAGUGGUACAGACCGAUGAAUGGAGAAAUGGAGCUGUAGAAGAAAGACUGGAGUAUGGCCUUGUUAAGGGCAUUGAGAAAUAUGUGAUUGAGGAUACCGAAGAGGCUAGACAAAACAAAGAGAGGUAUCCCAGACCCCUGAAUAUAAUUGAGGGGCCCCUGAUGAAUGGCAUGAAAAUAGUUGGUGAUCUUUUUGGAGCUGGCAAGAUGUUUCUUCCUCAGGUGAUUAAAUCCGCUAGAGUUAUGAAGAAAGCGGUGGGUCAUCUUAUCCCAUUCAUGGAGAAGGAUAGAGAAGAAUUACGUGCGUUGUCUGGUAGCACGGAGGAAGAUAAUCCUUAUCAAGGCACUAUUGUGUUAGCUACUGUGAAAGGUGAUGUCCACGAUAUUGGCAAGAACAUUGUAGGAGUCGUUCUGGGCUGCAAUAAUUUCAGAGUUAUAGAUUUGGGAGUUAUGACACCAUGUGACAAGAUACUUAAAGCUGCUCUUGAAAACAAAGCAGAUAUAAUUGGCUUGUCUGGUCUUAUCACUCCAUCUUUGGAUGAGAUGAUAUCUGUUGCCAAAGAAAUGGAAAGACUAGAAAUAAGGAUCCCUUUACUGAUUGGAGGAGCAACUACUUCCAAAACUCAUACAGCUGUAAAAAUUGCUCCACGGUAUAGUGCUCCUGUCAUUCAUGUCCUGGAUGCCUCCAAAAGUGUGGUUGUUUGCUCUCAGCUUUUAGAUGAAACUCUAAAAGAUGACUUUUUUGAAGAAAUACGAGACGAGUAUGAAGACAUUCGACAGGAUCAUUAUGACUCACUCAAGGAAAGAAAAUACUUGUCUUUAGAGCAAGCAAGAAAUAAACGCUUCUAUUGUGACUGGAAAACUGAGACUAAACCAGUUAAACCACAGUUUCUUGGCACUAGAGUCUUUGAAGAUUAUGACUUACAGAAGCUGGUGGACUAUAUUGACUGGAAACCAUUUUUUGAUGUCUGGCAGCUUAGAGGCAGAUAUCCCAACCGGGGAUUCCCUAAAAUCUUCAACGAUAAAGUAGUGGGAGAAGAGGCAAAAAAAGUUUACAACGAAGCUCAAAACCUGCUGAAAAGUUUGAUUACAGAAAACAAGCUUAAAGCCACAGGUCUGAUUGGAUUUUGGUCAGCUCGAAGCAUUAAAGAUGAUAUUUACUUAUAUGAUACAGAAGAGAAGCUACACAAUUUGGAACCAAUAGCUAGGUUCUGUGGCUUACGACAACAGGUUGAAAAAGAUUCUGGUUCCACAGAUCCCUAUUAUUGCUUGUCUGAUUUUAUAUCCCCCCUGGAGUCUGAUGUUCCUGACUACUUGGGGAUCUUUGCUGUGGCAUGCUUUGGAGUAGAUGAGCUAUGUAAAGAAUAUGAAAAACAGUCAGAUGACUACAGCAUUAUAAUGGUGAAAGCACUAGCAGAUCGGUUAGCAGAGGCAUUUGCAGAAGAACUUCAUGAACGAGUUCGGAAAGAAUUUUGGGCUUAUUGUACAAAUGAACAGUUGGAAUUUUCAGAUCUGCGUAAAAUAAGAUACGAUGGGAUUCGCCCAGCACCUGGUUAUCCAUGUCAACCUGACCACACAGAAAAAAUCACUAUGUGGAGACUUGCCAAUAUUGAGGAAGCUACAGGUAUUCAGUUAACAGAAUCCCUAGCAAUGUUCCCUGCCUCAGCAAUAUGUGGUCUCUACUUUUCCAAUCCGGCUUCUAGGUAUUUUGCUGUUGGGAAAAUAUUGAAAGAUCAGGUUGAAGACUAUGCCUUAAGAAAAAAUAUGUCUGUGGCAGAAGUUGAAAAAUGGCUUGGACCUAUUCUUGGAUAUGAUUCAGAGUAAAAAAAAUAGGGUGAUUGAUUGAUUGGUUGUUAAUCAGCUGAUAUACAUAAGAGAAAACAUUCACAAGCAGAAUAGGGAGGGGAUUUGUGUCUGUGUUGGGGGGCAGUAUUGUUUCUCCAUUUCAUACUGUCUAGCAAAGUCCACCAAACUUGUGGAACAAAUGUGGGAGAAAACUGUGCUUCCUCAUUUUCUGAUUCAUUUUAAAUAAACAAGAAACAGCUGUUCUGUGGGUAACCCUUCAAAUGAUUAUUCAGUGUAGCUAUCUGCUACGGAGAAAAUAAAUGAUAUCUAAUUGUAAAAUAUUCUCUGCACUACAUCAAACCUACAAUAAGCUAUAAAACAACAAACCUAAAAUAAUUCUUAGAUAUGAAGUGUAUCUCUGUUUUGGCUAUCCUGGAAAUCUUGUCCAUUUACGUACAUGCAUAUGCAUGUUACCACGAGCUAUUUAAAAUAAAGACACUCUUUUCUUUCUAAAUUAAAGAUCAUUCUAAUUGCAUUUGGGAUUUUGAUGUGUGUGUAUAUGAAAUAUCCUUUGUCUAGAUGUUUAAAUUCUUUUUUAAUGGAAUAGUUUCAUAAAGAAAUAAAAGGCAAGAUAAAAAAAUCAAAUACAUGAAUAUUUCAUGAAAAGUAUUGCAAAUAUUAUACUAAAUCUGUAAUUCACUACUGAUACUGUAAUCUGUAAUUUUGUCUUCUGAGAAUAUAGCCAUUGGGCAUUGUUUUAUAGUCAUAAGAAAAAGGUCAGCAACUAUUUGCACUGACAUGUCCCUCUAUUUUAUGGGGUCUUACUUAUAUUUAAUAUAAUUGUAUGUGUAUUUAAUAGGUGGUGCCAGUGCUUUAGAUUCAUUUGGAAGAGGCAUUUCAGAAUGACUUGGGCUGUGAAUGCAACACUUUUCUGCAAUUCAUAGCAGUCACUUUUUUUCAGAAAUAUGAUCAGGGAAAAAGGCCCUAGUUGCUUUAGUGAGAUUAUAACAGUUGCCUUUGUGGCGCUCAUGUUUUCUGAAAUACUUUUUCCCAAUUGAAUUCCAUCAAGCACUGCAUAGCUUUACUAUUUAAUAGCAAAUUGGCUCAGAAAUUAAAAGAAAUGCGAGAGAUUAAUAAGUGCCUUGAUUCUUAAUUCCUUCUUAAUAUACUGGAAUAUAUGUCUGAAUAGUAAAGAAAUAUGGGAAAAGGGGCCCACAAUAGUGUUACCUCCUUGCUUCAGGAGACUAUGGUACACAUUCACAUGAACAGUUCUAGAAGUUACGGAGUUCAUAUUUGCAUAUAAGCCCAAGAAUACUUUUCAGACUUUUCCACUUAAGUUGUGGUGAUUGUAGUUCACAGGGGCCCCUCUUGUCAUUACUGUGUUCAUGUUUUUUUUUCUAAAUAAAGAAUUAUUAUUAUAAUC